UCAAAGUCAAAAAUGUAGGUUAGGUUUGCAAUUUUUGCAUCUGGGAUUAAUUUUAUGAUAUAAUUGCACAAUAUUUAUACACUAACCGUGCCUGUCCUAGUCAAUAAUUUAAAUACCUUAUACCGUAGGCUGUGCCUUAAUAAUUUGUACCUUAAAUAUAUACAUGAAAGUUAUUAAAUAAUUACUAUGUCUUCUAAAGUUGAAGUAAAACCUAAAACAGUGAGAAUUUACGAAUUAGAUCAGUUUGAGAAAUUGCUUAAAGGAAUAAAGGUAGCAGCAUGCAUGAUUACGGAGUCCCAUCAAGUUGUGGAUGAAGCUAGUGUACUCAAAAGAUUAAGAGCAUUAACCCUCAAUGGUGCGUCAGAUGGUAAUGCUUGCUCGUGUUGCGGCGUCGGCCCCUUUGCCUCUCGUGCACAGCAGACGGCGCAUUAUAAAAACCAUUGGCAUACAUAUAAUUUAAAGAGGAAACUAUUUGGGAAAUCACCGCUAUCUCUCGGACAGUUUAAUUCUAGGCGGUGUGAAGAUGAAAAUGAUUCCAGCGUAUCCGGCAGUGAUUCUGAAACGGAUGAGAAAAGUAAGAAUCCAGAGAGCGAUUUGUUUGCAGCCGCCACGAGACAUUGCAAAGCAUUCUUUACAAACCACAAGGGACAAGUUUUUUGUAUAUACCGAUGCAUAUUACAUCAUAAGAAGGAACAACUGUCAACAGACGGUGAGGGUGUAGCGUGGGUGGAGCGCUGUCAAAGGUUAGCAUUACCUGGUUUUCAGCGGUGGGCCGUACUCAUGGUGUCCGGAGGUCAUUUCGCGGGGGCCAUUUUCGCUGGUAGUGCGGUAGUUUUACAUAAGACGAUGCACUCUUAUGUGACCCGCAGGGGUCAAGGUCAAGGCCAAUUAAACAGAGACCAACACGGGAACGCGCCACGAUCAGCUGGCGCCAGUCUCAGGAGAUAUAACCAGGCCCAGUUUUUGGAGCAUGUUCAAGACAUAAUAUCGGGUUGGACAGAGGACCUGGUUGGGUGUUCCUUGAUACUUUAUCGAGCUGUCGGGUCAUUGAACCAGGGAGCAUUAUUUGGGAAGAACUCUCCCUUGAACAGAGACGACGUGAGAGUUAGGGCUCUACCUUUCCCUACAAGAAAACCAACAUACAAAGAGGUCCAGAGAGUUCAUGAGACGGUUGCUAGCUUGGAAGUUUAUGAUACAAUGGAAUUAUUCCAAAAGGCGUUGAUCGCGUCAACUAGUAAGGGUCCUGCGAAGGUCAGUCAGGAAGCAAACGUGGAACGGAGCAAGAAGCACAGAAGUCCACAUAAACCUAUCGACAGAGCGAAGUCCAGAGAACGUGCCCCAAGAGAACUGCCAACACAGGUGAUGUCGAGCGAAGACGAGGGGCCGAGCUUCAUAGACUCGGAAACUCCCAUCGGCUGGAUCAAAACGUUGUCGGAACAGAGCAGCAAUGGAGUCAUAACGAACUCGAGGAAAGACCUGCUGAAUGACCAUGUCCUGAAAAGCGACCACUCCGACCAGAGCGAACCAGAAGUUCCAGAAGUUAAAGGCCUGAGGAAGAAAAAGAAAAAGAAGGAAGAUAAACCCGCCAAGAAAAUCGCUGUCAGGAUACCGGAUAAUGUAAAAAAGAUAUGGAAAAUAAUAUCAUCAUCGGACACCACCUUGGAGCCGAUUUUAGAGGAGUUGGAGAAUGAUCAGUUGGUGGUAGCUUGCAAUAUGGCCGACCCCAAGGACGGAAACACUGCACUACACAAGGCCGCCAUCGCUGAUAAACCGGACAUGGUCACUCAGCUGUUAUCUGCGGGCGGUGAUCCGUGUCUCAAGAAUCACCAGUUGCAGACACCAUACGCGGCCGCCCCGCCCGCAACCAGACUAGCCUUCAGAAUGUUUCAAGCUCAAUAUCCAGACAAAUAUAACUAUAAUAAGUCACAAAUCCCCGGACCAGUUACACCGGAACAGUUGGAACAGGAGAGAGAGAGGAAAGCUCAACAGAAAAAAGCGAAGAGGCAACGAGACAAAGAAAAACAAGCUGAGAAAAAUAAAACCAACAAGUUUUUAUCUAUGUCGGAUACACAGAAGGUGAAAGCAGUGGAGUUUCGUUGUUUCUUCUGCGGCACACAACUGCCGAGGGAGCCCUUCGAAUAUGAUAGCUACCAGUUCUGUUCAAUCAAAUGUCUCCAGAACCACAGAAAUCUCAGACCUUUACAUAAAAGCGCAUAAUUAUAUUCAAUCAGCCAAUAUAUAUAUAUAUAUGACAUCAUGCAGAUAUAAUAAAAUUCUUGGUUGAAAUACUAUAUCAAUCUAUAGUAAAAUUCAGUUUUAUUACACUGUAACCAAUUCAGGAAUAGUAUAAAAAGUAUCAAGGGCUGUGUAUAAUGUUGAAAUGUUAGUACAAAUUGUUUUGCCUUAUUGCCUUACUUUCCAUAUUACCAUGUCAUAAAGUGCCUCAACUAUAGAAGUAUAGUAUAAGUUCUUACUAAUGUCUUAAUGUAGUUCAACAGAAGUUUUUUAGCGAUAGAUUUGACUGAAUUUCCAAUGUAUAUAACGCCGACAUGCUGUAGGGUAUUGGGAUCUUAAAUUAUAUAUAUACAUGUAUAUUAUAUCAAGCAACGCGGUUAAAAAUUAAUAAAUGUCAUUAGAGAAGAACAAAAAAAUUUGAAAUAAAAUAAGUUUUUUUUGUCUGUUAUGAUGAUGUAACUGACAGAAUUAUUUUUUUUAUAUAAUUAUAUAAACUGACAGUUUAAAUUAUUGAGAAAUAAAUAUUUUAUAUUUUAUGUGUAAUAUGAUAGCCAUAUAAAUAACAUAUAUUAGGGCAAAGCUGAAGAAGAAUUUUCAUUAUCACUUAUGUGCAUAUUUUGGACAACGGGGAAACUUAUCAUGUCAAAAUCUUUGCUCAGAAGGGAUCAUAAAAAAUAACACAACAACCCACGGGGCAAUAUGUGCAUAUUAUGUUUAUGAAGAAAAGCAAUAAAACUUAAAUUGCUUUGCUCAAUUUAAAACAACUUGGUUUUGUAUUGUCGUCUGCUAAUAAAAUAUCGUUUUUAAAAUAUUAAGUACAUUUAAAAUUUUAGAAAUACAUCUUAGAGUAACAUAUCACUGUAAAACGGUACAAUAAACAUUAUUACUUAGCUACUUACUUACAAUAAACAUUAUGACAGCAACACUUUACAUAGAGUAUUAGUGAAAAGAGGUUGUACAUAUUUUUUUAAUAAAUUAUAUGAUGUACGUGUAAGAUUAAUGGUCGCCUUAAUGUAAAGGACACUGCCUUAAGUAAUAAAAUUUCUUUGUGA